AUGAGUGUGCUUCAGAAGGUGUGCAAGAGCCCAGACUCGAACGGUCUGGAGCAAGUGAUGAGCAACAGCAUCACGUCGGGGCCUUCUUCGCAGCAGGAAAUACAGCGGACUGACAAUUCAUCCCCCGAAGAUCCCCCUAAUAAAUCCAUAGUGACGCCAUUCCUCACCAGCCAUUUGCAAGACCAGGACGACUGCGAAAAACGAUUUUGCUACAGGCACAAUCCCAAAGUCCGGUUCGACCGUCGUUCUGACGAGACAAAGAUGCGGGAGAUCCAGUCCGAGCUCGAGAAGCUCCCUCGCCGCGAUAAGGAGGCGAUUUCCCACGUGUGGUCCAUCUUCAGCGCCGCCCCCACGCAACACCGCAGCCUCAUCCUCAAAGGGUUGCUCAGCCAGUGUUGUUUCCCGCAACUGUCGCUCAUUUCGCAGGAAGUUUCCAAACUGAUCAAGAUCGACUUCAUUGAGACGCUGCCGAGCGAGAUAGCGCUCAAAAUUCUGUGUUAUCUGGACUGCCAGAGCCUUUGCAAUGCUGCCCAGGUCUCCACGAGGUGGAAGCAGCUGGCCGACGAUGACAGGGUCUGGAGAUAUAUGUGCGAACAGCACAUCGACCGGAAGUGUCCUCAGUGCGGUUGGGGGCUACCACUGAUGGCAGUCAAGAAACUGCAGGAAUGUAGCCGCAGACGCAGAAGCAACGACAUGGACUCUACAGAGUCUAUUGUCGAGCGGCUGCCGCCAAGACUCGACGACUGCAAGCCAGACGUCAAAAGACAGAAGGUCAACAAGAAACGGCCCUGGAAGGCAGUUUACUCGGAGCGAUACACCGUUGAGCGCAAUUGGAGAAAGGGAUUAUACAAGAUUAAACGGUUUGAGGGCCACAUGGACGGCGUUCUGUGCUGCCAGUACGACAACAACAAUUUGCUGAUGACGGGGUCUUACGACAAGACUAUCAAGAUUUGGAACGUGGAGACAGGAAAACUGCUGCGCACGCUGACGGGCCACACACGAGGCGUGCGCACGCUCGCAUUCGACGACCAGAAACUCAUCACCGGGGGUCUGGACUCCACCAUCAAGGUCUGGAACUACCGCACGGGCCAGUGUAUAUCCACGUACACGGGCCACGAGGAAGGCGUGAUCAGCGUCGACUUUCACGAGAAACUCAUCGUUUCAGGCUCGGCAGACAACACGGUCAAGGUUUGGCACGUCGAGUCGCGCACGUGCUACACGCUGCGUGGCCACACCGACUGGGUUACCUGUGUGAAGAUCCAUCCGAAGAGCAACACGCUUUUCAGCGCUUCGGACGACUCCACGGUGCGCAUGUGGGACCUGAACACGAACGAGUGUCUGAGGGUGUUUGGAGGAGUCGAGAACAACGGCCAUGUUGGCCAGAUCCAGUGUGUGAUACCAUUUUCGCUGAAGGACGCCAUCGUGACCGAUUUCGACGAGAAGCUGACCGACGAAUCCGAAAAACAGACCGAUGAACAGACCCAGAGUGACCAGGACUUUGUUCUGCAGAACCCAGAGCUCCCAACGCACCUCCUCACUGCCUCUCUGGACAACACCAUCAAGCUCUGGGACCUCAAGACCGGCAAGUGUGUCCGGACCCAGUUUGGCCACAUCGAGGGUGUUUGGUCCAUUGCAGCAGAUACGUUCCGUAUCGUGAGUGGUGCCCACGACAAGCUGAUCAAGGUCUGGGACCUGCAAACUGGAAAAUGCAUGCACACGUUUGCCGGUUCCAGCGCGCCGAUCACGUGCGUGGCGCUGGGCGAUUCGAGGUUUGUUUGUGGUCUGGAGAACGGCGACGUGAAGAUGUAUUGUUUCGACGCAUAG